UUCACUCAGCGGACGGAUUGAAUCGAUAUAGUAUAAAUAUAUGCACAAAGAGAGCGAGAGGAAGAAAGAGAGAGGCAGACAGAGACAGCAACAGUGCGAAGAAAGAAAGAGCAACAAGUUUGCAAGUGGAAAUUUUAAUAACGAAAUGCAGUGAAUACCCGUCCCGUCCCGUCCCACGAAUGCCACAAAACAAAAAGCCUAGACUUAAAAUCAAAACCGAAAUAAAAUCAAAAAUCAAAAUCGUAGUUUAAUCAAAAACUAAUCGGAAUCUGUGGCUCAUUAUGAGCACAAAAGACAGAAACAGUGUGAAACCAACGAAAAUCUACCAGAGCGAGAGCCGAAAGAGCCACAAAAACAUCGUGAAUCUAGUUUACAAUUUUUGAAAAAUCAAAAAAAAAAAAGAAAAAAUAAUAAAAAAUAAACAGCAACAAGUGAAAGAGCCGAACAGAGACGGAUAGAGCGGGAGGUGCCGCCUGCCCCGACAGCCAGAACGAGACGGCCGAACGACAGACCGAGACUUUCGCAGUUGAGGUUGAUUUUUGCAUGCGAAAAGAUACACAUACAGCGCCACAGCACCAGCUAGAGCUACAGAGAUACAUCUGGAAGACAGCAGCCACAGUCCGGAGCCCGAAGAAUUGUUAUUAUCCAGACAGGCAGACACACGCACCGAAAUGGAGUACGAGAAAAUGAUGUACCUGGCAAAUAGCAGUGAGAUGCCGCACAGUCCCCAUCUGAAGCCACAACCGUUCCAGGCCCUCACGCCGCCGGACCAGUACUCCGCCUAUGCGGAUAACUUUGAUCUGUCGCUGCUGCCACAGGACGCCGGCAUACCCACCACGGUGUACCAGUACAACGCGCCACAGAUUAAGAUUGAAUGCGCCUGGGACUGCCCCACGGAUAACCAGCAGCAGCAGCAACCGGCACUGGCCUAUGCCUCCUCCGGCCAUCAGUUGAUCCCUCCUCCUGCCUAUCCACACAGCGUGUACCCCUCUCCCCAGUCGUCGCCCCUUCAGUCGGAGUUCGCCUCAUUCGGCGGGGGCUACGGCAAGUUCCACGGCAGCUACGACUGUCUGAGCAGCCCCUCGCCCUCGUUGGAUGCCUCGAGCAUCAAGCAGGAGCUGCACAUCCUGCCGCCCUCCCCGCCAGAGUCCAACUGUGAGACACCCUCGCCGCGCUCCUCCUGCAGCGAGAGCAUUAAGGCGGAGCCGCUGGACUCGGACAUUGAGAGCUUCAUCGACCUGAACGCCCUGCUGCAGCAGCAGCAGGCGCAGCCGGACACCAAGCCCGACCAUCAGCUGUUGCGCGAGUGCUUGGAGGACACGACGUUCCAGAAGAAGCACAACCUGCGGCCACUGGCCCUGGAAUCCUUCAUCGGCGGCUUGGCCGAGGUGCGCGGGGACUUUGAGCCUGUCAUUUCGCUGGCGCUGGAGCAUGCCAAGCGGGAAGCUGAUGCCAUCUGUAUGGAGCUGCAAAUAUCGCAGGAUCCAAAUGCAUGGACACCCUCGCAAGUACACGCAUGGCUACGAUCCACCCUGGCACAGUUCAAGCUGCCGCCGGCCGCCAAUUUGGAGCUGAAGUUCUCCGAAGACGGCGCCGCAUUGGCAUUACUCAGCGAAGAGGAAUUCGUGCGUCGACUGCCAGAGAGCGGGAGCACACUACAUGCCCAAUUGGAGAUAUGGAAGAUGGCCUAUGCCGAUCAGCCGAACAGCCAGAUCCAGCACCAGCACCAGCAGCAGCAGCAGCCAGGCCUCGAUCUGUGGCCGCCAGCUAGCUAUCCGAUGCUGAACCUGGACGACUACAAUGAGGACAGCGAAGAUGAUGAGGAUAUGGAGGUGGAAGCCACAGUAACCCCCACACCCACGCCAACGCCCACUUCAACUUCCACUUCCACUCCCGCAGUGACAGCUGCCACACCGACUUCCACUCCUGUGAAGCGCACUAGUGGCGGACGCACUGGCGGCGGCUCCCACAUCCAUCUGUGGCAGUUCCUCAAGGAGCUGCUGGCAUCGCCGCAGGUGAACGGCACAGCCAUACGCUGGAUCGACCGCACCAAGGGCAUCUUCAAGAUCGAGGACUCGGUGCGGGUGGCCAAGUUGUGGGGUCGCCGCAAGAACCGCCCGGCCAUGAACUACGACAAGCUGUCCCGCUCCAUCCGGCAGUACUACAAGAAGGGCAUCAUGAAGAAAACGGAGCGGUCGCAGCGUCUGGUCUACCAGUUCUGCCAUCCCUACAACCAGUAGAGAGGAGGAGGACUAGGACUCUUAUCCAGAUCGCGUAGUUCUAAGGGUAUUUAUUUGCUAGCAUAGCCACCUCUCCCACCAGUCCCACCUGUCCCAAUCCAAGUCCCAUUCCACACUCCGACUAUGCCCGACUAGCCUUGUGGGUUUAGCGGGUCCUAGUUCUUGUACAUACACAAUCUUUAUAGCGCACGAAGGUAAGUUCGUGCAUCGAUUAAGUUUGGCUCUAGCUCGUAGGCUAAAACCAUUGCCCCCAUGGCGAAGGUAAGUUCGUCGAAGGGCACAGGUUUUAAGCGCAAUCCAUCAUAAUGUAAAUCUAAUCUUGCACUGCGGCUGGGCGUGGCUGUUGGCCCAUCGCUGCAGGCAUAUGUUUGACUUACUGCCGACAUCUUUAUUCAAAUGCUGCCUGCCCAUGCAGUGGUUAAUCCUGCACCCACAUGUGUGUGUGUGUGUGUUGCUGCUGCCAGGAGGAGUGGCGUCAAAAGUGAGGGACCACCAUUAGUAGCCUGAGGCGAAACUUGGUUAAAGGUCGAGUCACUAGACGCUCCCUCUCAGAGGCACUGCAACAACACCAGACACUGGUGCAGCCACUGUUGGCGGCAUGAAGGUGUUGCGGUAAUUUUAGGAACCAUAUAUCUAUGAUAUAUCAAAAGUAAGUUCUAUGAACAACUUAAUAACCGAACAAAAUGUUAAUACUAGACUCUAAGGCAAACGAUUAGUCGUAUAGGACUCCUUGAAAGUUUUUUCUCUUCAAAACAGAACCCGGGAAAAGUUAAAAAACUUUCGACCCUCCCCCUAGGCUUAGGCGUUAUGCGUUAUGCUCUCUGAACAAAUAUCGAAUAUCGAAUAUCAAUUAUUUAUUCUGUACUCUGGUGGUGGAUCAAUUUAGACAGUAAUUUUGUUAAUUUUAUUACAAUUAUAUUUUCUGCAGUUUGCAUAUGAGUUUUCAGUUUCCAUAGUUUCCAGUUUCGUGUCUGUGUCGGGUAUUCAGUUUAAGUUAAUUUUAGUAUUUAUUUGUGGCCAAAAAGUCAAUUAUUUGGCUUUUAUUUGCAUUCGCCAUCGAAAACGAAAGGUGAGCAGUGUUAACGUUAAUGCUGGCGGUUUUUAAUUGAAUUAUGCAAUGGGCAAUCGACUCGGCUCGGAUUUGGCUUAUUUGCUAACCAAACAGCAACAUAUUUAUCUGCAUAUUACACAUAUAAUUAGGAUACUGUACGAGUACUCUCUGCGCGGCAGCUACAUAGAUUUAUGCACUUUACACUUUUUGCGACACACCACUUAUUUAUUUAUUUAUUUAUUCAACUAACAUAUUGUCAUGCCGAUACACUAUCCGAUAAUAAAAAGUCAC